AUGGGGCUGGCGGUUCCGACAAGGCCGGUGCUUCGCCGUGUGUCUUCGGCCGUGCUUGCGGGCGAAGCGGCCGCAGGCAGGAAUGGUGGCGGUGGCGGUGGCGGCGGUAGUGCCAUGAUGGAGCAGAGGCGGCUGGUGUCGCCUUCAGCGGCCGCGUGCAAUGACGGGCAGCAGAGGUCGUCGGCAGUGGCACUCGAGGCGGUGGCUACGUUGCGGCCGGCGUUGACGCAGGCCUUUACGCAGCAGGACCUAGCGGAGAGGGAGGCGAGAACAGCAGCCUGUGCCAAGUUGCCCCGAGGGGACGGCAGGAUGACGGCUGCGGCAGCGAGGGUUGACGACAAGGGUACGAGAGACCCUUGGGUAUGGGAGGCAUCGCCUCGGCCGCUGCCGCCUCCGGAACCGCGACCUGGUCCAACAGAGACGCCAGCGGUGGUAGUCGCCUGUGAGGGAGAAGAGGGUGUUGGCAAUGUCACGGCGCUGGUGAGUCGCGAGAGCAAGCCAGAAAGGGGGUGCAGGAAGAGUGUUCUCGAGGAGGAAGGAGGGGGCUCCGUUCCGAUGCCGGCGAUGUCCGUGGCGGAGAAACUUAAACAGGCCCGACAAAUGCCGGAGGCGACGGGGACGUUUCUUCCAACGCAGCGGGGGCGUACCGCUACAGGAGGGGCACCAGCUGUUGCAAAGGAGGCAGAACUGGUCUUGACAGCAACAGCAGCUGCAGAUGCAACAGCAGCAGUCGAAAUAUCAGCAGAGAAGACCCCGGCAAAGUCGGGCCAAGUGAAGCAGGAGACGGCGAAGUCGAGUGAGGUUGACUCGAAGGUAGAGCACAAAUCGUCCAUGUUUUCACGGUUUUCUUCCGUAUUUUCGCGGAGACGCCAUCCCCCCACCGUGGCAGAGAACGACGGAACGGGACCAGGGGGUGAGGCCCCAGCCGUUCCUGUUGCCACUGUGAAGGAAAGCAGGCGGGGCGAGGAGCCGGCGCCGCCGGCGCGAGAGUCUAAUGUCGAGGCGAAAGAGCAACCACCGGUACUAGCGACAAGCGCGAAAGCAGAAGCGACGAGAGAGCCGAGUGAGGACCGACAACCUGCUUCUCCUGCGACGGGGAGACGCAAGCCCGGGGAGGAAGGUCCGCCUUCGGGGGGGGGCUGCGGCGAGGAGACGACAGUGUUCGUUCCGCCGCCUGACGAAGGAGAACGACCGGAGACGGCGGCGACAGCCACUGCUGCCGAUCUCCCUUUUUCCGGCUCCAACUCGCCGGCACCCUCUUCCAAGUCCUCUCCGCUGUCCGCCGAGAGGGCGGACGCACCACAAGACAGCGGCCCGAUGGGGUCUGGUAUCCAGGUUGGACAAGUGGCGGCAAGUCCCGGUCGGGAGCAACCGGAGCUGACGCCUCCGCGACACCGCUCUCGCUUCUCUUCGCCGCCUGCCAUUAUCACGGACCCCGCGCGAAAGAACGGACCGAUUGGCUUGACAAGCAAUGGGUCAAAGGAGGUGAUGGCGAGCCCCGACCCGCCGCGGUCUGCAUUGACCCCUCCGGGAUAUCGCUGCCGCCUAGCGGCCAAGCCCGUGGCGGGGCGGGUGGUCUCUCCUCUGCCGCAAGGGGCAUCUCCGCAGACAGGCGUGGAGGAGAGAAAGGCGACAAUGCCCCCGCGCCGUGCGGGGCUGACCCCCCCCGGGUACCGUUCCCGCUCGUAUUCCUCUUCGCCGUCUGCCAGGAGGAGAGCGUCUUCCCCGGGCCAAGGGUCGAUUGCGAUGGCAGGCGAAGAAGGGGCCAGGGAGCCGAGCUCGUCGGCGAGGCCGCGUCGUACGGGGCUGACCCCUCCAGGCUACCGCUCCCGUCCCUCUCCACCGCUGGCCGGGAGGGUGGACUCGCGGCGGCGCGAGAGCGCGCCGGCCGUGUCGCCCGGCGUGAGGUCUGUUCUCGGCGCCUCGGACGCAGGGGGACACGUGACGCCUGGCCGCGACAAGGCCAAGGCUCCCGCUUUCGAGCAGCGGACGGGAAUCCUGGAAGGUACUCCGACGCGACGUCGGGCUUAUAGUUCGCCGGGACUGUACAGCCCCGGGAAGGGACUGCGCAGCCCCGGGAAGAUGCGGCAGGAGAGGCUUGGAGGCGGCGAUGGUGUCGGAGAGGAAGCGGAGAAGGUGGUGGAGAGGGAGACAAGCCCCGGGUCUUUGCCGGAACCCUCGAGCCCAACACAGCAGCAGCCGGAACGGCCUGUCGGAGAUAAGGAGGCCCAGGCACCGCCCAAGGAAAAUGAGCAGAACCUUCCGGAGGUGUCGCAGACACCGCCAAUGGCAGGCGAGGGAGUGAAAAAAGAGGAGAAGGAGCCGGAGGCGGUUCAGGCACCGCCAAAGGCGGACGAGGGGAAGGGAGAGGAGGAGCUUCCCGAGACAUUCCCUUGCAGCCCGAACUUUGCCGCCGGUUUCGUCGCGGGCAGGCGAAAGCGGAGGGCCGUUUCUGGCGUCCCGGUGGUCACAGCGGCGGCGGCGGCAUUGUCGCCUGUGGUGAGUGCGGAAAGGAGGAGAGCUUCUUCGGGAAGCAAAGCACCGGAGAGCUCGGAGCAGCAGGAGAGCGGGCUGGGGGAGAGCUCGGGUGCUGAGAGCUCGGGCGAUGAGUCCGGGUCGAGCUGGGAGACAUGUUCGAGUAGCGAGGAGGAGGAGGAGGGGGGGUGUGGGGUGGUGGUGGAGGAGGAGGGGGAGGAGGGAGAAGGAUGGGGGCGGCUGUCUUACCUCGACGAAAUCGACGAGCACCCCUACGGCGGCGUUGUUGUCAUCGACCCGGACCUUGUGCGUUCCGGAGGGUCUAGCAACGGGGGCGGUUCCGCGCGGUCUUCUAUUCCACGGUCUUCCGUGGACGACGAGGCUCGCUCCGGCGGGCGUCGGUCGUGGACCGCAAGCCCACCUACGGCGGAGAUGUCCACACAGACCACCCAAGGGGAGGAAGGUGUUGCCCACGUCCUGGUGCAGGCGGGAGACGGGAAGCUGCUGUCCGAGGCGGAGUUGCGGGAGGAGUACACCCAGCGAGAGCUAAGGGAGAGGUUGGAGAUGAUGAACCACGACCUCCUCGCCGAGGUGUUUCACCGGGAGAUCGUCAAGCAGGAGGAGGCGCAGAAGCGCCGGAAGCAACUGGAGGCCCACGAGGCAGAGGUCCUGGCUCUAAGGGACGAGCUCCAUGCCGUCCAGAUGAGCCACAACAACGAGAAAAUCAAGAUGCGCUGGGAGCACGCCGACGAGCUGGCGAGAGUCGAGGCGGAAGGGGGCGACGUGGUUGGCAUGAGGCAAGAGCUCGAGGAAGAGAGAAGACUGCGCGAGGAAGACGAAAAGCGCCACGAGGCCGCGCUGCAGAAGGAGCGCCAGCACCGGAGAGAGUGGGAAGCGCGGAGCGACGAGCACGCCCGGGAUAAGCGGGAGCAGGCGAAGCAGCACCGGGAGGAGAUGAGGCGACAGGUCGCGGCGGAGAGAAAGAGGGCGGAGGGGGAGGCGAGGAAGAAGCUGGAAGCUCGGCAUAAGGAGGCCCAGCAGAAGGCGGAGGAGGUGGUGAAGAUGCAGCUCAAGAUGAUCAAGGAGAUGGACCAAGAGAACGACGAGCUGAGGGAGGAGAACGCCGAGCUGAGGGAGAAGCUCGGCAUCGAGGACGGUGACGAUGACGAAGAGGAGGAAGAGGAGGGGACCGAGGCGGGAUGA